AACGAGCACGUGCUCUAUGCGUGCUUCACGUCAUCAACAGUUUCCGAAACAUGCCGUUCAGCCGCUGUUGUUAAAGUCAUCAACCCGAUAAACUGUACGAUGGGAGACGUUAUUACUGCACUUAUGUGUUCGUAUACCAUAUACAUUACGAGCUCAUAGUUAAGCGGAGAUACCUGCGGAUGUGAGUUAGCAGGACAGCUAAAGACAUCAAACCCGGACGUUUCUUUCUCACUUUUUUAUCCGGAUUUCGGAGAUGUUCUUUACUUUAGCAACUAAUACAAAAUAGCAACAUAACCGGGUUCCAAUGGAGUUGUAGUAAGACCAAAGUGAGUGUGUCAUAUUGACAACUUGUACUGAUGGAGUUUGAGCUCGCACAGUAACCUCACCUGGGUGUCGGGGUAAAAUGGACUUUUAACUGAAGUGUUUUAAAAUAUGGAGCCAUGCUUGAGGUUUGUGUGUCGAGAGAGUCUCAGGAAAGUGUCGAUGAAAUGCUGGACAUGGAGAUCUGUGAAGUGCUCAAGAUCACCUUUCAAACGCCCUCUUUCAUCAACAUGUGGACGAGCACAUCAACACAGCACGCUGCUGCUGAGAGCUCAGGGACCCCGUAGACCUCUCCUGUCGACAAAGAGGCACAGAUGCAUCCCAGGCAGCCUUGUCUAGUGUUGCUCCAGUGUUUGUUGUGAUGAAAUUUGAACGUGAUGGGAAUGUGACAUCAUUUGAAAGGAAGAAGACUGAAUUGUAUCAGGAGCUUAGUUUGCAGGCGAGAGAUCUGAGAUUCCAGCACUUAACAAGUAUAACAGCACGGAACAAUGCCAUCAUCAUACGCAUGGAGUCCCUGAAGGCAGUGGUUACCCCUGAGUGUUUACUGGUGCUGGAUUUCCGUGGUCUCGGCCUGGAGAAAUGGCUGGUGUUAGAACUUGGGCCACAGUUAGCAGGAGAUGGAAAUUUGGCUACUUACUCCCUGCCCUUUGAGUUCAGAGCUCUGGAAGCCAUUCUGCAACACAGGGUGAAUUUACUGCAGAUGCGGCUGAAUGAAGUUCAGCCUCAGGUUCUGGAUUGUCUGGAGUCGUUGGUCGACCCAAAGCUCCUCUCUGCCGACCGCAGCAAACUCCAUAUGCUCCUGCUUAAUAGCAAGAGCCUUUCAGAGCUAGAGACGGACAUUAGAAUGUUUAAAGACAGUCUGCUGAAAAUCCUGGAUGAGGAUGAACUGAUAGAUGAACUCUGUGUCACCAAGUGGAGCGACCCGCAAGUGUUUGAGGAGAGCAGUCUGGGUAUAGAUCACGCUGAAGAGAUGGAGCUACUGCUGGAGAAUUACUUCAUGCAAGCAGAGGAGCUUGGCAACAAAGCCAGAGAGCUGAAAGACCUCAUCGAUGACUCUGAAAGCGUCAUCUUCAUUAACCUGGAUAGCCAUCGGAAUGUCAUGAUGCGCCUGAACCUCCAGCUCACCAUGGGAACCUUCUCCCUCUCCUUAUUUGGUCUGAUGGGUGUGGCUUUUGGAAUGAAUUUAGAAUCUUCCUUUGAGGAGGACCCACGUGUGUUUUGGUUAGUGACAGGGUUCAUGUUCCUGGGCAGUGGACUAAUCUGGAGAAGACUUCUCUCUUUUCUGGGCCGACAUUUAGAACCCAGCUCUCCACCUCCUAUUCCCCCUGUUUGGAGGAAAAACCAUAUCGGCACCUUAAAAGGAACAGACAUUAAACCUGGAAUUAGAUGAUAGUGUGACUGCUGCACUUUGAACAUCUUUUCCCCUUCCUUCUCUGUAUCUACGAAUUUUAUGCAUUCUGUAUUUUUCAGUUUCAUGACUUGCUUACCUCGGUCUAAUUUAAAGUCACAUUUAACUAUUCAGGUCCUAUGUGGUAUAAUUUAGACAGUUUUAUCUUGCUAUGUGACAUUUGUCUUGCAGUAUGUUUUGGAAUAAUCUCUGUAUUUAUUGUUGCGAAUAUUAUAAUGACACAAUGAUCAGAUACCUUUUAUUGACUGUAAAGUGUGUGACAAUCUUUCAAAGAGCAAAAUGAUCUGCCACUAACUCUACCCUUAAAAAAAACAAAACAAAAAAAACCCCCAGAUGUUUAUGAAGAGAUAACUUUAAUAAAACAUUAAAAACA